CCGGAGGGUGUUGCCGGGUCGAUAUUAUAUCAAGUUUGAAAAGUAAACACGGGACCAGAAAUUUGGCGCCUUCUGCUUUUAAUAAUACACUUGCGAACAUUUCUUCACUGAAAAAAGAAAAGAAAAAGGAACGUUCUAUAUUCCGGUGGAGUUUUUGUCCCUUCUCCGCAGUUGAGGAUUUGGCGUGUUCUGCAUGUAACCGGAAUGAAUCAAGUUACUUCAAUAGCCUUUAAACAAAACGGGACAAAUCUGAAACCAUAAAAUCGACCGAAGCUACACUCGAGUUCAAGUCGUGGAUAGGACUAAUCGGCGGUUUUUGCACCCCUUUCCUUCUUUCCUACAAGACUUCUGCAUAUGCCUACGCUACGGGAGAGGGGAGCAUGAAUCGAUAAGACCAUUCCACCUGAUAUUCAGAGGGACUUUGGCGGUUGGGUGAAGCUUGUUGUCGAACAGGGUCAUGAUGUAUUCUCCAAUUUGUCUAACACAGGACGAGUUCCACCCGUUCAUCGAGGCCCUCCUCCCGCACGUCCGCGCCAUCGCCUACACCUGGUUCAACCUGCAGGCGCGCAAGCGCAAGUACUUCAAGAAGCACGAGAAGCGCAUGUCCAAGGACGAGGAGCGCGCGGUGAAGGACGAGCUGCUGGGGGAGAAGGCCGAGAUCAAGACCAAGUGGGCCUCGCGCCUCCUGGCCAAGCUCCGCAAGGACAUCCGGCAGGAGUACCGCGAGGACUUCGUCCUGUCCGUCACGGGGAAGAAGCACGCCUGCUGCGUGCUCUCCAACCCAGACCAGAAGGGCAAGAUCCGGCGCAUCGACUGCCUGCGGCAGGCCGACAAGGUGUGGAGGCUGGACCUGGUGAUGGUCAUCCUGUUUAAGGGCAUCCCUUUGGAAAGUACCGACGGCGAGAGGCUGGUGAAGGCCCAGCACUGCACCAACCCCACGCUGUGCGUGCAGCCGCACCACAUCACCGUCUCCGUCAAGGAGCUCGACCUGUUCCUCGCCUACUAUGUCCACGACGGAGAGGCGCAGCAGUCAGGAAGUCCCAGCAACAAUGAGGCUGGAAAGAGUCCUCCAGGUUACCUGGAGGACAGCUUCAUCAAAUCCGGAGUCUUCAGCGUGUCUGAACUGGUGCGGGUGUCUCGAACACCCAUCACCCAGGGAGCUGGGGUGAACUUCUCCAUGGCAGACAUGCCCAGCCAGCCAUACUACCACGACCUGAACUCCAGCGUGGGUCUUCACCGGUCCCUCUCGUCUCCCCCCGGCAGCAAGCGGCCCAAGACCAUCGCCAUUGAGGACAACAUGGAGACCAGCCCCUCAGGAGACUUCUACUCCUCUCCCAACUCCCCGGCCAGCAGGAACUGGCAUGAGCGAGACCAAGGUGAUAUGUCGUCCCCCACCAUGAAGAAACAGGAAAAGCCUCUGUUCAGCCCCACCUCACCACAGGACUCCUCCCCCAGGAUCACUGCGUUCCCCCACCACCACCCGGGCCUGGGGGGCCCCGGACACAGCGUCAUCUCCACGAGGAGCCCCCCGCCACCAUCGCCCCUGCAGUUUUCAGCGCCCGCCAUCCUCCCCCCCGCCCCCAGCAGCUACUUCUCUCAUCCCACCAUCCGCUACCCCCCCCACCUCAACCCCCCCGACGGCCUGAAGGGCUACGUCCCGCCCUACGACCCGUCCAGUGGCCAGAGCAGCCAGCCCAACAGCAGCGGCCAGGUGGUGGGGAAGGUUCCGGGGCACUUCACCCCGGUUCUGGCCCCCUCUCCACACCACGGUGUCCGGCCAGUGUCCCUGUCCAUGCCCGACACCAAACCCAUCACCACAUCCUCAGAAGGUGAGCCAGCGUCCCCCAGCCACAGCUCCUACUCUGCGCCUGGCACCCCCACAUCGAACCGCUUCGUGGGACUGAGCCCCCGGGAUCCGGCCUUCCUCCACCAGCAGCAGCUGAGGAUAUGUGACUGGACCAUGACUCAGAGCUCCAGGCAGGGUUACUCCAGGGACACUGAGGAUACUGUGGGAAUAUCUUGGCAAAGUCCUGGUACCUGGGCGAGCUUAGUUCCAUUCCGAGUGUCGAACGGGACUCCGAUGCUGCCUCCAAAUGUGCAGAACUACAGCAUAAACAUCAUUGGUGAGCCGUACCUCCAGGCGGAGACCAGCAACUGAGACAACCAGCAUGCAGCACUUAUACAAUCCCCAGUGUCCCUGCGUACCGGGGCACUGGCCGAGAGCUCUGCAGACGGGCCCGCCCACGCCCGCCUCGCGGCGCUCGCUGAAGAUCUCCCUCUUCAAUACUGUGAUGUACCAGUACUUUAGAUGCCUUAAUGUUUGCAUGAAAUGCUAGUUUCUGUUCGUAUCGUUCCCCGGUUGUUUUUGGGAGACCCGGCACAGUCUUCGAGCAGGUUAACGUGGUUUGAACGAGCAGACCGCCUGCCUUCGUCUCCGAGUGGAAGCAGUUAAAAGAGUUAAAAGAGUCUUUCACCGCAUUUCCAUAGGAACAACGCGUGAAAUCAGAUUCCUUUUCUUCAGUUUUCCACACUUCAGUUGUUUUUUUUUUGUUUGUUUGUUUUUAUCUCAAAACACUAAUCCCAAUUAUGCAGUGCUGAUAUUCAGUUUGUGGUUAAAGUUGAGCAUGUACAAUUACAGAGUUAUGACUCUUAAAAACACGAAGUAUUCAAAAAUGAUUCAAUCAAAAACCUAGAAUUUAUAGGUUGGAAAACAUACCCCUUUCUGUCCUUUAAAAACAAGGAAUUAAAAAAGUUUUAAAAAAGAAUAAAAUACAUAAAAUAAAAAAGAUCUGGAGGCAAGUGCAAUUAAAAUGUUAUUACUGAAGGGAACCUAUCAAAGUCCAUUAGCCCUCAGACUCUAAAGAGAGGGAGACUAAAUGUUUUAAGAAAACAAAAGGAAACAUUUUACCGUUUUAAGUCGCAUCUUAAAUGGAAAGGGGGUAAAAAUGUAAAUGUUUCACAGGGAGGGCGUAACCUGGCAGAACAGAAACAUAACGCAGCACUUAAACUCUUAGCGAAACCUGCCCUUUUUCAGGGCAGAUUUUAUUUAUUAUAAGAAAUAAAUACAGGUGAGACACUAAACGUGUAUAAAUGGCCUUUGUGAUUCCCGAAUCACAAAAAAAGAGCACUCAUUCGGCCAUUAGCUUAUAAAGCUACUGUUUACAAUAAGGUGUUUUUAUUUUCUUGAAAUCCAGUAAAGCAGGCUGUUGAAGUUCUGUAAAAUCUGUACUCAGCUCCACACUGAGGCAGAGUGUGGGGCAUUUGCAUGGUGCUUUAUGAACGCAGGCACCUGGGGAGUGUGCGAUGUUCCUGACGCGUUCUUCAGACACCGUCCCUGCGGCGUUUGAGCGACGUUGACAGAACGUUGUGUGUUCCCCCGGUGACUCCGUACCAUCUGACGAUGGUAGAGACGUAGACCACAGUCCGCAUGGCAGACCCAAUGCCUUGGCCCCUCCAGUCCGCUCACGACCGACUCUGUCCAACAAUCUUCAUUUGCACGAAGACAUAUAACCCACAUUACGUGCCUUGCCUUUAAAUAUAGAAAACAUCACUACACUUUUUUGUUUGUUUUUUUGGUUGUUGUUUUUUUUUUUUUGGCUGCAUUUAUAACCAUUUUAAGAAUUAACAUCUUUGUGAUAAAAAAAGUAUUUUGUACUCUGGUGAAAUUGUGAUGUUGAUUUUUAACAUUUGCUAUUUUAUCUCACGUUUAUAAUAAGCAUAUCAUGGCUGUGUACAGUUGCUCUUUUAAAGUUUAUAAUCAACCAGCAUUAUUUUUCAGUAUUCUCAGUGGUUUUGGUGGUUUUUCUAAUCUGUAUUUUUUUGUUUCGUUUUUUUGUUUUUUGUCAU